CAGAAGGAAAACAUCAGCUGACUCGCCUUCGUGUUUCGAGUAGUUUCGUGUGACAGUUUAAAUUGAGUUGUUUAUUCACUUUAAAGACACAUUUCACGUUGAUUUGACUUCGCUGCCGGUGACGUCAUGUUACGACCCAAGGCGCUGACGCAGGUUCUGAGUCAGGCGAACACGAACGGAGUCCAGAGCACCCUCCUACUGAAUAACGAAGGUUCCCUCCUGGCCUACUCUGGGUACGGGGACACUGACGCACGAGUGACAGCCGCCAUCGCAAGCAACAUCUGGGCAGCGUACGACAAGAACGGCCACCAAGCCUUCAAUGAAGACAAACUCAAAUUCAUACUCAUGGAUUGUAUGGAGGGACGAGUGGCCAUCACUCAUGUAGCCAACCUGCUGCUGUGCAUGUACGCCAAAGAGACGGUGGGCUUCGGAAUGCUUAAAGCCAAGGCGGAAGCACUGGUGCAGUACCUGGAGGAACCACUGACUCAAGUGGCUGCAUCAUAGUGAAGAAAUGUGCAUUACCUCCUUCUGCCUGGAAAAGAAUGCAUCAUGUGAUGUAGUACAUACAUGGACUUCUGUAACACAAAGUGCUUAGUGCAUAUAUGAGUGAGUGAGUGAGUGAACGUCUGUGUGUGUGAGUGUUUGAGACGUGUGUUGAGGGGUAUUCAGUGUAUUUAUAAUCAAGUGUUGAUGCAACUAACUGCUUGUGUGAGGUUUUCAACUGUUUGUCUUCACUUAGUUUUGUCGGCUCUAAAAUUCCUUUCAGUUUGUCAGUAGGACGUUUGCGUGGACGACUGCUGAAAUGAUUCCGCUAUCAACUGCUUUCACGGUUAAUACGCUUAUUCACUGUUAUGCAGAGAAGUUGCUUAACACACACAUUGUGAGCUGUAUGGAAAAUUCGUUGUAAACGUCUGUCUGAUGUAAAUGCAGCAAAUCUUAAACCUGUCAAAUAAAAUAAAAAUUGCAUUCAUA